AGCAGGUUUCCUGAGUUUCUAAUGCCCGUUUCUAAUGGCUUAUUACAUGUGACUUACUGAAGGAAAAUGCAAGGCAUUCCAUUCCCCCUGCUUGUAAGUGGGAAGGACUCCGCUGUAAGACGGUCCAUACCGUGUUAUCCAGAUGCAGCCCGGCUCCUGUUGAAGAUGCUGACCUUACUGGCGUGCUUUCCCUUAGCGGGUUGCUGUUAAUAGACUCUCCUCUCAUGCCCAUACAUAUAGGUGAUGCUUCUCUCUGUAGAAGACGUGUCAUUACCAGAGCUUGGUACCACUGGCUGCUGGGCCGUGGGAGCAAGUCUCCAGACAGCUUGGUUGGUUGAUAACUCACCACUUGUCCCACCUGUUGAUCGAGCAGUUCUUCAGCACUGACAGCUGCAUGUGGCAGGAGAGCCAGGCCACAGACCCUAACCCACUUGGUCAUUUUUUAGUUCUCAGUGUUUAGCCUGUUGCUGGCUGGUUUCUGAGGUUGAGGAGUCCAAGAUUGGUUGCCUUUUUGCCUCAUCCUUGCAAAAUGGUUUACACGUCACACCUGGCUUGUUUGAAUGGUGAAGAAGAAGGAAGAAGAAAGGUUGGUCUGUAUCAGAAGCUGUCUUAAGACUUUCCAGUGUGCUUAGGGUUAGUAGGCCACAGUUUUUGCAUGAGUUCCUUCAGCUGAUAGGUAGGUGUGAGAAUAUAAGUCACUGCGGUUCAGCUCUAGGGCAGCAAGAAAUAAAACAAAUCGUGCUGGCUUCUGGAUCUUCCAGUAAAUAAUUCUAGAAGGGAGCAUCUCUGUGUCUCUCCAGCUACCUAGCUGUUGACAAGAACCAUGCCCUUUCCUGGUUUUAGAGCAUCGAGGGACGAAGAGGCAUUUAUCUAACUAGAAAGUCCAGUCUAAUGCAGUCUAAGGCAGAACAAAAGUGGCCGUGAAACUGAGUGCUGCUUCUUCAGCAGGAGGCGUUCUCGGUGUUAGCUUUCUGUCCCUGUAACUGAAUAGCUGAGGUGUUAGCAUCCAGGGAAGGUUUACCUGAGCCAUUUCCUGAGGCUUCAGUCCAGAGUCGGUUGACCCCACUGCCUUCGAUGUGGAGCAGCAUACAUGAAGGUCUGUCAGCUGCCCAGAGGAAGUUCGCUCACUCGCUCAGAGACUUCAAGUUCGAGUUUAUCGGCGAUGCUGAGACUGACGAUGAACGGUGCAUAGAUGCCUCCUUACGGGAAUUUUCUAACUUUCUGAAGAAUCUGGAAGAACAGAGAGAAAUCAUGGCAUUAAGUGUGACUGAAACCCUGAUUAAACCCUUGGAGAAAUUCAGAAAAGAGCAGCUUGGAGCUGUAAAGGAAGAAAAAAAGAAGUUUGACAAAGAGACGGAAAAGAAUUACAGUCUCAUCGACAAGCACUUGACGCUGUCUGCCAGGAAGAAGGACUCACACUUGCAGGAGGCCGACCUCCAAGUGGAGCAGAACCGGCAGCAUUUCUACGAGCUCUCGCUUGAAUAUGUGUGCAAGCUCCAGGAAAUCCAAGAAAGAAAGAAGUUCGAGUUUGUGGAGCCUAUGCUGUCCUUCUUUCAGGGAAUGUUCACUUUCUAUCAUCAAGGCCACGAGCUUUCCAAAGACUUCAAUCACUACAAGAUGGAACUACAAAUCAACAUUCAGAAUACACGGAAUCGAUUUGAGGGAACCAGAUCAGAAGUGGAGGAACUUAUGAAUAAAAUUAGACAAAAUCCCAAGGACCAGAAGCGAGCCAGCCAGUUCACAGCAGAAGGCUACCUGUACGUCCAGGAGAAAAGGCCUGCUCCAUUUGGGUCCAGUUGGGUCAAACACUACUGCAUGUACCGGAAAACAGCCAAGAAAUUCAACAUGAUUCCAUUUGAGCACAGAUCUGGGGGGAAACUGGGGGAUGGCGAGGCUUUCUUUUUGAAAGAAUGCACCAAAAGGCACAUGGACUCCACGGACAGAAGGUUUUGCUUUGACAUCGAAGCUGCUGACAGGCCUGGCGUCCCCUUGACCGUGCAGGCGUUUUCAGAAGAAGAGAGGAAGCAGUGGUUGGAAGCUCUGGGUGGAAAAGAAGCUCUGUUCCACACGUUUAACAGAGCCAUUGUCCCGAGACCGGAAGGAGGUGCACAGCUGGAUAAGAUGGGAUUCACAAUUCUCAGAAAAUGCAUCAGCGCCGUUGAAACCCGAGGUAUAAAUGACCAAGGACUGUACAGAGUUGUGGGGGUGAGUUCAAAGGUCCAGAGACUUCUGAGUAUGUUGAUGGAUGUAAAAAUGUGCAAUGAGCUGGACCUGGAGAAUUCUGCAGAUUGGGAAGUGAAGACAGUAACAAGUGCCUUGAAGCAGUAUCUGAGGAGUCUUCCAGAGCCUCUCAUGACCUAUGAGUUACACAGAGACUUCAUUGUUCCAGCCAAGAGCGGCAGCCCGGAAUCCCGAGUUAAUGCCAUCCACUUCUUGGUACACAAACUGCCAGAGAAGAAUAAGGAGAUGUUGGAUAUCUUGGUGAAGCAUCUAACCAACGUGUCAAGUCACUCGAAGCAGAAUCUAAUGACAGUGGCGAAUUUAGGGGUGGUGUUUGGACCAACUCUGAUGAGACCACAGGAAGAGACUGUUGCCGCCAUCAUGGAUUUGAAGUUUCAGAAUAUCGUUGUAGAAAUCUUAAUUGAAAACCAUGAAAAGAUUUUUCGAACCUCGCCUGAUACCACAUUUGCUGAGCCCACAUGCCUGUCAGCAUCACCCCCAAACGCUCCACCACGACAGUCCAAGAGACAAGGGCAGAGGACGAAGAGACCAGUGGCCGUGUACAACCUUUGUCUUGAGCUGGAGGAGGGUGACAGUCCCAGCCCUCUCAAGGAGGACCCCCCCAGCAGCAGUCAGGACUCUCUCUCCACCCCAUCUCCCACAACGUCAGCUGCCCAUGGGCCUCCUGGACUAGACGGAAACCACCUAGCAGCAGACGGAGGGAGCUGUGGAGAUGCCACCGCCACCACGCCAAGCCAGACCCGGCCAUCCAUGGUGCAGUGGCUAAAUAUGCAGUCUCCAACCACACCAAGCUCCAACCCAGCUGGAACACCUCCUUCACCCAGAAUGUCACCGUUCCCCCUCUCUCCUGCUGCCUCCAUUGUAGACAAGCUGCCUGAGUGCGUUAUCAAUCGAAAGGCUCGGGCAGUGUACCCGUGUGAAGCAGAACACAGCUCGGAAUUGUCAUUUGAAAUAGGAGCCAUUUUUGAGGAUGUUCAGACCUCAAGGGAACCCGGAUGGCUGGAAGGGACCCUGAACGGCAAGCGAGGGCUGAUUCCACAGAAUUAUGUCAAGCUCCUGUAGCUCCCGGCCGUGGGGGGUCCUACUGAUCGUGGCACCCCAAGCAGCAGCCUGGAAAUGGCACCCAAACACCACGGUCACGCUUAGGAUCUGCGGUUCACCAUGGGUACUCCAGGGUGGGGAGGGGAUGGAACAGCCACCUAGGACUGUGCAGAUGUGGGCGGAAGCAGAGCGUGACUGGCGUUGCUGGAGUCAGUUCUCAUCUAGCAGGACUGGGCAUUGAUUGUGAUGUUUAAUUCUCCCACCUGUGGAACAGAGAGAGGGCAGACCUCACUGUCCACACACCCGCUGUGGGGUUUUCAGGGGGACUGCGUGACUCUCGAAAGUCCCAACCUGGAGGGAAGCAGAGAGAAACUUCUUCAAGCUUGUGCCUUCCUUCCUACCUGCCUCUCCUCCCCCUCCCCACCCCCUCCCCGGGCCUGCCCACCGGCAGCUGCACCAAGCUCACCUGUGUGCUUCAACAGCCUUUUCCAGGUGCUCACCUGAGUGCUGUUUGUCCUUUGUCACCUUGUUGCCACAAGGCCCCUCUGUAAAUGAAAUAAAAUGUAAUUUACUA